AUGACACAACGCGUCUCUACGGUGGCAAGUGAAAAGGUUCUGCUUCCACGGGAGUCCCUCACGGAGGCAGAGAAGUGGCGAUAUGCCAUUGACAAUACCCUUAAGUUGUGUGGCCUAGGCUUUCUCAGUGGCGCUGCGUUUUCGCUUAUCGUGUUUCGAAACGUCGGGCCACGGAUAGCGGUGACGGCGUUGGGCGGUGGCUUUGGCCUUGGCAAGUCAUAUGUGGACAUGAGGUAUGUGUUUGGACACGAAGUUGUCGCGGAGGCGGUUUGGACGGCAGAGGUGGUAAAGAGAACAAACCACGGCACGGCCGCAUUUAAUGAGGGAGAGACUGCUGGCCCCCAAUAG